UCUCAUUGCGAAGAUACGCGACUAGCAAUAUAGGAGUAUUAUAUAUAUGACCAAGAUAAACACGAUUAAAAGUCUUAGAAUGGCGUAUGGACUAACUUAAAUCGGUCCUUUGAGCCAUAUAUGCACCAAACCAAACCAACUAUAUCAAGUAUCAAAACAGUUAUAGUGUUUAAAGCAAAACAAUUGGUUGUAUGUGUUUUGUAUAAGAAAUCAUGGCUAGCGUAGAGAUUCCAAUGGGUGACAUGCAGAUCCCAGUUGAAAAACCUAAGAUUACAAAUGGAUUGGAAUUUCUUCAACUUUCUCAACUACCACUUAGUCAAAUAGGUCUUUAUCCACAAGCUCAUAACUGGAUUGAACACAGAAAAGCCAAUAUUCGACCAUGGUCUCUGUUUCUUAAUACAAACAACUUCAGACCACCACCCAAUGUGACAAGAUUGACCAAGCGGAUUGUAAAGAAUAUAGAAUAUUUUCAGAGCAAUUAUCUGUUUGUAUUUAUUGGACUGGUUAUAUAUUGUUUAAUUACUUCACCUUUAUUACUGCUAGCAGUUGUUGCAUCUCUUGGAAUUUGUUAUAAGCUUUCUCAGCGACAUUCUAAGCAAGAAUUAAUGAUAUUCAAUCACAAAUUGACUCUAGCACAAGUAUAUUCUUUAGUUGGAAUUUGUUCCUUGCCUGUGUAUUACCUAGUUGGUGCACAUGCUGCUUUGUUUUGGGUUCUUGGAGUUUCUUGGUUUUUGAUAACACUUCAUGCUGCUUUUUAUAACAUUGAUGCAGUAUUGUGUCCAGGGGAGGAAGAAUUAAAUGCCUUAGUUAUGGAAGAAGUGUGAUUUUGUGACAAAAAACUCAACUUUCCUUAAACACUUCUUUAAAGUUUUCAUAUUGUUUAUUAUAAAGUUGAUUUUGUUUUAUAAAUAGAUUUGAUAUAUAAACUGAUUUAUACAUACACACACGGACAGAACUUAGAGAUAUAAUAUAUCUAGUAAGCAAAUUUGUUAACAUCAUGAAAACAGAUUAAGCAGAAAUUCUUGCUGCCAUUUUAUGAUACAAAAAAAUUAUUCUAAGAAUAGUUUACUUUAGAUUCAAUGUGUAAAGCAAACUGUUUUAAAGAAAACUAUAAAAUAGUAUUUAAAUUAAUUAAUUAAUAAAAAAUUGCUUGUCUUAUAAGUCGUGAAAUUGUAGCACAACUCGCAAGUUUUGAACAGUUUUUCCCUAACAGAAAAGUCUUUAUUAAUGAGUUUUAUAAUAUAAACGGUUUUACAUUUCAAAUAUAGAAAUAACUAGAGAAUUUUAUUUACAUUUGUUCCUGAAAUAAAUUUGCGAAGUUUUAUCUAUUUGAUGAUAUAAAUCUCCCGAAACCUUUUAAUGUAUUUACCUUAUAAUAAAAAAUGUAAAACAAAAUAUAUGUAUCAGGUGAAAAUAAGAAAA